AUGGAGGUGAGGGAGGUGAGGGAGGAACCAGCUGUGACCCGCCCCCCCGCCUGCUGCUAUAAGACUGAAGGUCUCCUUCAGUCAGUCCACAAAGACAGUAUGCACUCCUCAAGCUUCUCCUCUCCCACAGCAAACACACUGAAGGUGUUGUGUGUCCGGAUGUGUAUCUGUCUGGCAGGCUGGCCCCUGGCCUCAGAGGCAGGCCAACUGCGCUGUGGCUCUGAUCUGCUCAAGGACCUAAUGUUUGUCUGCGGGGAUCGUGGAAUCUAUUUAGGUACGUUUAUAUUCAUAGGGUCAUGGUCCGGUUACGGAGGUCGGCCUAGAGGGAAGGGGAUCGUGGAGCAGUGCUGCCGCUCGCCUGGCUGUGGACUCCAGUAUCUGGAGACGUACUGCAACAAACCAAAGGGCCAGCAGCCCACCACAGCUCCCCCUACCACCACCACAGCCCCCCCUCCCACCAGUAUAGCCCCCCCUACCGCCACCACAGAACCCUCGACCACCACACAUACGGUCAUGGCUCAGCAGUUCCAGGCAGUGUUUCAGAGGAGACUCUCUGAGCACCUGGGGGCCCCCAACAGCGCAACAAAGAAGAAAAUACCGCCUCCUCCUCGACGGAAAAGCAAAGGUUUAUCUGCACGCAGGAGGAAGAAAACAAGGAGCACAACCAGCAGGCCUUCGUCGACCUCCAGGAGCCCGCCCCAAAGAACCACAGCGCUAAAGUCAUGA